AUUAUUUGUUACAAGAGUUAUUCUUGUUCUAUUGUUAUGUCAAGACAUCAAUGUAUUGUUUAUUCCUGUGAUGGGACAGUCUCAAGAAUUUGUUGUUUGCCAAAAGGAGAAAUGCCAACCCAAAUCCAGGUAUGAAGAAGCAGCGAACCUAUGGCAAUAUUGUGCCGGCUGCUGUAAAUACAACCGCAGUAUUUUAAACAAUCUUAACAUCAGCCAAUCUUGUGAAAUAAAUUCUACCAGUUAUUUUGUUUCGUCUCUGUCCAAUGAUGCAAACUUUCUGGUUUCACACCGACACGACUGUUUGCCUUCCAUUCCUGAUAAUAUCUGUGGAUUUCCAAGGAUACAGUAUUUGGAUCUUGACAACAAUACUAUAACGGAAUUGCCGAAGUUGUCUUGCUUGAGACAAUUAGUACAUUUAGAUUUAGGUAGAAACCAAAUUCAUGUUUUGAAGGCCGGGAUAUUUGACGGUUUGAACAAAUUACGCUACAUUGACUUGUCGAGAAAUAAAAUUCAUACAAUAGAGAUGGGCGUUUUUCAUCCUGGAUUAACGAAAAUAAUAAGAGUCGAUCUGUAUGACAAUAAUUUGAUUGAAGCUGAUGUAGUCUGGGUUCUGGGCAUAACGCAUAUUUUCUGUUACUUUGAUUUGAGUUACAACAAAAUUACAAAAAUUACCAAUAAAUCUAACUUCACAAUGGAUCCCAGUAAAACGUACGGACCGGGUACAAUAUCUUUACAGAACAACAAAAUGAGAAUUUUAGACACAAAGAUGUUAACAGCCAUUCGGCCUCCAUUUCAGUCAUUGGUAAGCACUUUGCUGACGUGGAGAUUUAACAUGGACAAUAAUCCAUGGCACUGUGAUUGUCAUUUGUAUCCAAUGGCGGCUCUGUAUUCAGUUGUGGGCAAAUUGAGAGACGCUUUAACAGAUGUUUUGUUUGAUAUCACGUGCAACACUCCCCCAAAUUUAAAGGGAAAGCUCGCUUUUAUACAUAAAAAAUUAUCUGAUUUUGUGUGCAACGUCACGGAUUCUUGUCCUUCCGCGUGUUUAUGCCAGGAACAACCAGACGCUGACAGAAUGGUCAUUAAUUGUCAGAAUGCUGGACUUUCAGAAAUGCCAAAACGGUUACCAUUUCACGAGAAUUUAUUUCUGAACUUUCAAAACAAUUCCAUAGAGGUCUUACCAAGACGUCCUUAUAUGGACAGAAUUAUUCACCUGGAUAUGUCGAAUAACAAAUUAACAAAAAUAGUACCAGAGGUAUUCGCAAAUCUUGUCGAUCAAUUGAAAUAUUUAAAUCUUGCCUACAACAGACUGAAACAUCUUCCAGAAACCAUCCAGAACUUACGAUCGGCGGAGAUUGAUCUUUCUAAUAACAUGUUAAUUUGUUCUUGUGAUAGUUUGUGGUUAAAAAGUUGGUUUGAAUCCAAACCUGACAUUAAAAACAGAUCCAAUAUAACUUGUUCUACAGUUAAUGGCGAUCAGAGAAUAACCAUUGAUAAUUUACAACCAGACGAAUUCAACUGUCGAGUUGUAAACUCGGUGACUAAGCCUAUCAGUAUCGUGUUGGGCAUAUCUGGCUUUCUGAUCAUUGUUGUAAUUGUGGUCGUUAUCUACUUCCGGUUCGAGAUAACGGUUAUACUUCAUACCCAUCUACCAACAAAUAGAAAACGGAAGUUAGACGACAGAAAUGACCGAGAGCUUGAUGUGUUUGUGCUUUUAAACGAGGCCUCAGAUGGAGACAGACUUUGGGUUAUAGAAAAUCUUAUUCCUUAUUUUGAUCGAUUGGGUAUAAAAUCAUACAUCUCGUUCCGUGAUGGUAUUAUAGGGGAGGUAACUGCCGAUGCAAAUAUUACCAAUAUACAUAACAGUCGAUCCGUUGUGGCCGUCAUCUCAAAAUCUCUUUUUGAAGAUCCGUUAAGACUUUUCGAAUUAAAUGAAUCCUAUUGUCAUAAAGUCAAACAAGGGAAUGGUCAGUUAGUUCUGAUUAAACUUGAAGAAUUUUGUCUGACACUUAUUAACAAUGGACAUAUACGUGCUAUGUUCAAAUUAAAACAGUUUAUUAAAGCUGAUGACGUCAACCUUUUUGAGAAAAUCUCCUCGAAGAUUCAUAAUGUUGCCGCACAAGCACAGGGUUACGUCAUAUGAAAUCACGCCUUCUGUUAAAGUCGCUAGGCGUCAAUUGCAGUUUUCCGACACUGUCUAAUUUUUCACGGCUUAUUCGGAUUAAUUAUUUAACAUUUAAUUAAAGGGGAAGUAGGUAAGAUAUAAAGAGUUGAUAGUUCUCGUUAUAAUAGUUAACAAAUAGAUAAUGAAAUAGGAAUUUCAUGUUCAAAAUUUCAGUCAAAUUACUUCACUCUAAGUCAAAUUAUCGGCGAUAUGCUUAUAGUGUAGCUUCGAUUAUCAUUCCUAUCGUUGUUAAGAUAAUAAUAAAUAUAUCAAUUAUCAAGGGUUCUUUAACUUGUACAUGACAAGGAGUAGGGGCGCCAGGUCCUUUGAUUUCCUCCCACUGCUAAAGACCCCUACGCUCAAGUGAAUUAUUGAAAUAAAAUUAAGCCUUAUGUUAGUCCCUAAUUGACCCAGUUUGUGUCGAGUGGACGCUAAACCUCAUUUCUAUCCCUCUCUUUAAAAUGCACGCCUGUUUGUAUAUGAGACCUAGGUUUAUUCUCCUAUCCGAACGACUAUAUAUUGUCCCUUGCCAUGUUCUACACCACUGACAUGGGGGAACUAUGCCAGAAAAUCCAGAUGAAAUUUCACGGCCAACCCCUUGCAUAUGACUUGUAUAUAAAUAUUUUGUAUAUAUUAUUUAAUAUUUGCCAUUUUCUCUAUUGCUAUUUUAUUUAUUUUUCCAUAACAUGUAAUCUUGAUGUUUUUAUUAUUCAAUUGGCGCUCCUUUUAUGUACAAAAUAUUCCAUUUGUUU